UCAGCACCGGCUCCUCGGACGAGUCGCGAUUUCGGCCUCGCCCUGAGUGGUCUGAAGGUCCGCAGGGAAGCAGCGGGCACAGAACGCAGCGUUUCGGUUCUCACAAGCGUUCCAAAGCGCUUCCCAGCUCCUCUUGUGGCAGCAUAAAGUCAAAUACUCGGGGGUGUAAACGGGCAGUAACAGUGGUUCUGAGAAAUGGACGAGAGCACUUUUCAAGCUUAUGAAGAAGAAAUCCAGGCACUGGAAGAAGAAAUUAGGCUGUUGACAGAAAAGUAUGAAGAUAUCCGACAAGAAUCCACCUUCUUUUCUGAGGAGGAGAUACUGAAGUCAAUAAAAUCAUUCCAAAGAGAAACUCAGGGAGAAACCAGAGGACAUGAAUCUCCAUCAGACCUGAAAGCUCAGCUUGAAAGUCUAGAAACAGAUCUCUCAUUUUUAAUGGAGUUUACUGGGUUUCAUUUCACAAGUCAUUCCAAGAAAACAGUGGAAAAAACUAAAGACAGGAUGGUGCAGAAGCAUAGAUUAUCAGGGAAGUGUUACUCCCUGUCUUUUCAACUGGAAUUCCAGCUUCUUGAAAUGCAGAACAAUGAGAAAGUGUCUGCCGUUGUUAGUGAUCUCAGCAUUAUAAUGGAAUCCAGAGAAGAUUCAAAUGUGAGCAAGUUUGUUUCAAGCACUGAAGAACGUGGAGAUCUUCUAACAUUUUUCAGAAGCCUUUUAACCUAUGCUGAGUGGCAUGAGCAUCGUAGACGGACCUUCCUGCAUUUCAAGGCCAAGUAUCCUGACAUUGUGACCCUUCCAGAAGGACUGCUGGGAGAUUUUAUCAUUCUAAAGAACCCCAAAAUUUCUGGGUUUGAAUUGAUGAUUGUCUGGAAGAUCCAUCUGGAUAAAGAAGGGACCACGACACCUGUCCUGGAUCUUCUGCCCAAGGCACCAAAGCAAGUCCUGGAGCAGAGGAUGAGUGUGGAGAGCAUCCCUGGCAGGUUCCGGAGCGCGCUUCGGCUCUUCGGGAUCGAGGCAGCCAUCGAGAACCUGAUCAAAGUGGUGGGCUCAGAAAAAUGAAUGCCAGCAUUACUUACACCAGGCAGCAAUUUCAAAAGUAGUUUUAAUUAAGAUAUUGUGUUACACAGUCUAUAAUUUUAUUGAAUAUAAACAUUAAGUUAUUUUCCAUUUAGAAACCAUACUCAUAAAACAUGCUAUCUGUACAAUUAUGGCACGUUAUAUAUAAAUUGUCAUGACAUGAAAAUAAAUACAGCCAUUUAAAUACAAAAAUGCCAAAUAAAAUAGUUACAUGUACAGAGUGAUUUCAUUAUAAAUUUAUCUUUCUGAAUCAUCAAUGUACCAGAGUGGUUUAUCUUCUUAACAUUUUCUAGAUACCUGGAAAUUGUUAAAAGAUCAUGCACUGUCAAAAUCAAGUCCAUAAAAAUCCAUUUCAUUUCACAGCUCUGUUAAAGUACAGUGAUUUUAAAAUGACAAGAGAACAGUAAGAGACUCCUAGAACAAAGAGUUAAAUAGUUUACUCAUUAAAUUAGGGUCGAAGAAGACAAUUUGAAGAUUUCAAAGACGUAACAAUGCUAAAAAACCCAAAGGUAACUGUAUGAAGUAACUUUGUUCCACGAGGUGAGUGUUGAAACAGCGUUAAUCUAACCCAGAGAGGCCCAUGACACCCCUGGGAACAGGUGAGUCACCUCCUGCCCACUGCAGCACCUCCUUUGCAUUUCUGACUUCCAUGAGGAAAUUAUGGUAACACAUUAGCCAAGCAUCACCUUUCACACAUUCAUCC